ACUUCCUUGUUUGCGAUUCGCCUCGAGACUGCGCGAGAUAUGCGUCACUGCCACGCCCCGUUCGCGUGAUUCUGCCAGUUGUGUAUAUAGUAUUUCGUUACUUUCUGUUCCUUUUUAUUGUGACGGCUUUAUGCAAACUAAAUGUGAGAUCCGCUCUAAUAUUCUUCGACAAUGUUUAAAAUGUAUGUUGCUUCAACACAGACAUUUCCUUGCGAGGGGAACACCAUUGUAAAUAAUAUUUCAACAUGAAUAAGUACUGUCUUCUACUGUCUCAUUGUACAGGCACUAUGGCUCAUGCACCUAGAAGUAUUCUCAGAAUAGUGGGACGAGAGGAGAAAAUACUUUGUAAUCGUGCACACUGUUCAACAUACCAAAAGGAAAUGCAAAUUAAACCUAACAGAUCACAUCCCAAGGAGCUCAGACUAUCUUGUAGUACAAUGUAAAGUAUGAAAACAACAGAUGAGAUGUGAGAGAGUAUGAAUCAUUCCUCAAAAGUAUGUCAAUGAACAAAACACCCUUUAUUUAUGUUUAAACACUCUGUUCUGUCACUACACGUCCCUUUACAUAGUUUGACAGUGAGUUAGCAGCUUGAAUUAAUUCCACACUAUCACAUCAAAAUGAGUACCAAUAUGUACCUUUGUUUGUCACUGGGGCAGUACCAUCAAGGUUGGAUGGGGAGCGUCAAUGCACAGUCAUUUCCAGGUCUCUUCAACCAGGCUCCUGACUAGGGAAUAAGCUCAAGAAGAUGUAAGCUGAUGCCUCUAUAGGGUCCUGGAUCAAGGACUACCACUGAACAGGCAUUGGACUGGAUGGACAACACAGAUGUCCUGUACAAAAACAGCCAGAACAAGGCAGAAAUUGUACCAUAGCUGUAGGUAGAUGUACCUCUUAGUCUUAUUUAAGGUACAGAAAUGGACUCUGAGGAACAUCCCCAAGAGCACAGCCACCGACUCCACUGCUGGUGUUUAUUUUCUUGAAAGUUCAACUUCUUUUUGUAAGAAAGCAAAGGCACAGCGAUUGGUUGGCGGCGUUACGAAAUUCCGGCUGCCUUCGUGUGAAUGGUGCGGACAGCCAUCCAUCAAAGCAAAGUGGGCGUAUCCUUAGCGUUUAUGUCACAUGUGCCAGUUUGCUUAGGGCAUCGGCCGCCAGAAGUUGCAGUGGAUCGUGAUCCCAAAGUGGCAAGCAGUCUGACGAAGACGAUGUUGUAAAAAAUACCAUAAAGGUGACUGCAUGGACAUCACGCUGGAGCAAAGAUGCUCAGCCGGCUGACAUGGCUGUGCGAGUUUUAAGAUCGAGUGGAUAGCAGAUUUACCGUUUGUGCUUUGUAACGAGCUAGAACGAUAGCUGGUUGAGAUAUUUUGGCCGUACCCACCAGGAUUACGGACGCAUCUGUACUUCCAGCCAGCUUCUGACAUAAAGGCGAUCUUGCGGAUACUUCCAGAACUAUCAGAUGCAAGUUCUCUGCCGGCAAGAGAGGCGUCCUUGAUUUUUCUGGACCUUUGAAGUUUCGCCCGACACCGUGUGUCAUGGCGUGGGCUCUGAAAUUACCGCUUGCAGAUGAAGUCAUCGAAUCGGGUCUGGCCCAGGACUUUGAUGCAAGUCUUUCUGGAAUUGGGCAAGAACUUGGAGCCGGAGCAUAUAGCAUGAGUGAUGUGCUGGCCCUCCCCAUCUUCAAGCAAGAAGAAUCAAAUUUGCCCCCUGACAGUGAAAACAAGAUCCCACCCUUCCAGUAUGUUCUGUGUGCCGCCACCUCCCCUGCUGUCAAGCUGCAUGAGGAGACUCUCACCUACCUUAACCAAGGACAGUCCUAUGAAAUCCGAAUGCUGGAUAACCGGAAGGUGGGAGAACUCCCUGAAAUCACAGGAAAGAUGGUCAAAAGCAUCAUUCGUGUGGUCUUUCACGACCGACGCCUUCAGUACACGGAACACCAGCAGUUAGAAGGAUGGCGCUGGAACCGCCCGGGGGAUCGCAUUCUUGACCUAGAUGUUCCUAUGUCUGUUGGCAUGACCGAUGCAAGAAGCAACCCUACACAGCUGAACACUGUAGAGUUCCUUUGGGACCCUUCCAAGAGGACGUCCGUUUUCAUCCAGGUGCACUGCAUUAGUACAGAGUUUACCAUGCGUAAACACGGCGGAGAGAAGGGAGUCCCAUUCCGAAUCCAGAUCGACACAUUCAAGGAGAACGAGGGCGAGGAAUACACCGAACACCUUCAUUCUGCCAGCUGCCAAGUCAAAGUGUUCAAGCCCAAAGGUGCUGACAGAAAGCAGAAGACCGAUCGGGAGAAGAUGGAGAAGAGGGCCCCACAGGAGAAGGAGAAAUACCAGCCGGCUUAUGAGACCACAAUCCUCACUGAGUGUUCUCCAUGGCCAGAGAUUACAUAUGUCAACAACUCACAGCCCCCUGUCUUCAACAACACCCACAACAACUUUCCAGUGGCAGAGGGCAAUGACUCCCCCAGCCACCAGCCUGAGCCUGUCGUGCCACAGACAGAUAACCUUCUGCCCACUGCCACGCCUCAGGAGGCCCAGCAAUGGCUGCUCCGAAACCGCUUCUCACCCUUCUGUCGGCUCUUCACCAACUUUUCAGGAGCCGACAUGCUGAAACUGACGCGGGAAGAUGUCAUUCAGAUCUGUGGCCCUGCAGAUGGAAUCCGACUCUUCAAUGCGCUGAAGGGCCGGGUUGUGCGUCCCCGGCUCACCAUAUACGUGUGCCAGGAGUCGCAGCAGGCAGGGGAUCAGCAGCAGAAGCACGAGAACGGAGAUGGGAGCAGCAGCACAAAUGGAACCUUCUACGUGUACCACGCUGUUUACUUGGAAGAACUGUCGGCCAUCGAGCUGGCGGAGAAGAUAGCCCAGCUUUUCAACAUCUCGCCGAGACAGAUCAGUCAGAUUUACAAGCAGGGCCCAACGGGAAUCCAUGUUCUGGUCAGCGAUGAGAUGAUACUGAACUUCCCAGAUGAGUCGUGUUUUGUCCUGGACACGAUGAAAGCCGAGAAUAACGAAGGGUACCAUGUCAUCCUGAAGUGAAGGCCUUGUGAGAAGACGGGGAACAUGUCAAGAUAUGAGGCAAAGCCCAUGAGCUCCCAGUUCUGUCCUGGUUCUACAGUAGCAUCUGGUUGUUGUCACUGUUCGGCUGUCAUAUUAAUCUGGUGGGCUUACAGUUCUCAAAAGGAUGUCUUCAGAAAGGGCGGGGGGAUUAUGUACCUUCUAUGUUUUUAAAUAAUAUUUUUUAUCAUGUUUAUUGUUGUUUUGCAACCCUGUUGUUCUAACUUAAUGGAACAUGGUCCAACUUUAUGGUUGAUCUUAUUUUCUUUUUUUUAAUGCUUGCUUCUGGAUUUUUUUUUUACUGGUCUUCAUCAGUUUGUCACCCAGGUUUUUUUUCUCGUUCUCAUGUCCAGAGAACCAUAAGGAAAGUGGGUGAUCUUAUAUUUAAUUUUUGUAUUAUUAUUAAUUUUAUUACUAAAUGCCAGACCGUUGGGGUAUUCCCCAUUGCCGACUCUUAGAUUGAAUGGCGCUUCCUGCUUCCUCGUCUGCGUCCAGCUGCUAUACAUACCGGCCGUGUAUGGUCCCAAAACUGCUGGAGAGCUAUGCACUAAUACAUGCAAGAUCUCGCUACAAAUAAUCGUAGAAGUUCUCAGGUUGUAGCAUAUGGUAAGUUUGAUAGAGUACGCGUAGGUGAUUUGCUGUCUGUGGCGUGUGCAGAUCCGUGGCAGCAUCCAAGAUACCUGCUGUCUUAUUGUUUAUGCUGUGUAUUGUCUGAGAGCUUCUAGGGAGGAGUGAGGUGAUGAUCGGCUGGUGCUGAGAGUCGCCAGUGGCCUCCCGUGCUGCUGUUUGAAUGUCUCCUGCCCUCUUCCUUCACGUUUUGUUUGCCUGAUUCAUCUGUAUGUUUCUACACGUGGCUUCUCCCUCCCAUUCCAAGCCAUUUGCAUGACUUUUCCAUAAGUAGCGAAAACGGGCAGAAGUGCUGCUCGUGGAUCUCCUCACCGACACAUUAUUUUUUUCUGGGUUCUCUAGUAAGCGGCCUUUUGGUGCCAGAACUAGGGCGGCAUUUUCCCUCUUCUUUGUUACAAGGGUCAGACAGAAAAUAACAACUGCCGACUAUUGUAUAAAGAUUAAGUAUUUUUUUAUACUGAAGAUGAUUUGUAGGGUUGAGCAAGAAGUGUCUUUCUGGUUACUUUUCCUCCUCAUUUUAGUUCCAGAUUUGUUGGUCUAACACCACAAGAAAGGCAGCUUUGGAUCUGUAGCUCUGAGUAUUGACAUUUAUAGACAUGAGGCUGCUGCCAUACUGGAAACAGCGAGAUGUCUGCACCGAAACCUAGGCUACAAAUGAGAGCCGCAGAUGCAGUACAAACCCUGAUCCCAUCCACUGUAGCGAGUGCAUUUGUAAACCUAACAGCACCGGCCGUCUUUGUUGCUCCGCAACGGCAACCGCAAAGCACGCUACAUCUAUAAAAACCGUAUUUUAUGACUGUGGGUCUCUGUUAAGCAUCAUUGUGCUGUUACGUUUUGAGCUUACAAACAAAUAUUAAACAUAUUUUUACUUGUGUUAUGAUUAUUGCAUUAGCGAUUUGUCUACAGAUCAUGUUUCCGAAGAAUAUAUUUUAUACCUUUUUUAAAUGGCCCGUGUUAGAUUUAAAAUAAAACAUUGCAGUAGCAAAAGACA